UGUAACUGGACUGAUCCUCACCAACGCACGCAGAAAAGACAAAUUCGGUCCGCAUGUGCUGAUACUCUGCUCGCUGUUCCCCCCUGACUAUUAUGCCAUUCCACAUCCCUCGCCACCAGCACCACGUCUCCGACCCUCAGUUCACCCACGAUAACUACUACAGUGCCGUCAAUGCCAUUUACUCUGCUGGCCAGACUGUGACCUCUGUUGGCGCUACAAACCCUCAAUACCUGGACCACCACCCUCAUCCGCCCACCACGGCUCCCGAACCCAGAUCCUACCUACCUCAGUCCCAGCCAAACACCAAUGGCAACGGCACCGUGAUCCCAUACCGCCCUGGCCCUCCUCCGUCCGCGUAUACGAGUGUGCAAGAGGCCCAGCCUGGCCAAUAUCAGCCGGGUCUGAGGCGGUCUCUGACCAUCGGUCGCCAACAGGCCGACGAACUGCAUUUGAAUCAGCAGCAGGGAACGGCCAUGAGCGACGUCCACCACUAUGGUGCACCGCCAGCCUAUACAGGGGAAGGACUGUCUAUCAAGAUCGAGCCCUCUACGCCUCAGCAUCCCAGCAGCGUCGCCAGUCAGCCCGUUCCCGGCACACUGCAACCAGGUCUUGCGAGCAGACCUGCGACUCUAGCGGCCAGCAACACCGCUCCCACUCUCCCUACUUUGCCUCAGAUAUCCACUCAGCAGCAGCAACAACAACAGCAGCAGCAGCAGCCUCCUCUUUCCGCAAGACCAACAACGCUAAAUCACACUCACUCCUACUCUCGGUCCAGUCCCGGCGCCAUGGACCAACCAAAAUACAAGCCUUUCUCAGAUACUCCCGAUCAGAGCAAAUAUCCAUCCGCUCCAAUCUCAUACGCCCCGCAAACUCCUCAAGGGCCGCCGUCAUAUUCUCCUCUCGGUCUAGCGGACAUCAGACCGAGGACAGACCCGACGUUCACAGACAUACCCUUCAGUCCGGGUGUAGCGCAGGAGAAUGACAUUGUACAGUAUCCCCAGAAUAGCAAUUAUAUCGCGCCUUGGCCUAUCUACGCGAUGGAUUGGUGUAAAUGGCCUCCCCGGUCCAACAACGGUUCGGCGGGGAAAGUGGCCAUUGGCAGCUAUCUGGAGGACAAUCACAAUUAUAUUCAAAUAUUGGACACUCAAAGAUCGCAAAUAGACCCAGACAACCCCCAUGGUGAGCGAGGUUUGGAGUUUAUCAAAACCGCAGAAGCUACACAUGCAUAUCCCGUGACAAGGAUAUUAUGGGAACCACCUUCGUCGAAUAAGCAGACGACGGAUUUAUUAGCAACUUCCGGCGACCAUCUUCGACUGUGGUCUCUGCCGAAUGAGCAACACGCAUAUCAGUCGAACUCGGUCACACGGCCGUCGACCACCAAGACGCCUCCGUUACAAAAGCUGUCACCACUUGCCUUGCUCUCGAAUUCGAAAUCUCCCGAACACACGGCCCCCAUCACGUCGCUGGAUUGGAAUGUGGUCCAGCCGUCGUUGAUUAUUACAUCUUCGAUCGACACAACCUGCACCAUCUGGGACAUCCCUACGCUUACAGCGAAGACACAGCUCAUCGCGCACGACAAAGAAGUCUACGACGUGCGUUUUUGCGCGAACAGCGUGGACGUGUUUGUCUCGUGUGGUGCGGAUGGAAGUGUGAGGAUGUUCGAUCUGAGAAGUCUCGAACACAGCACGAUUAUUUAUGAGCCGUCGGAGAAGCAGCAGCAGCAGGAGAAGAAUUCACUUGGCGAUCCUCUCUCCACUUCGCCGACACGGGCAUCAGGCUCGGGCGGCAUAUCAACGCUCCCUUUCCCACCUCCCUUACUCCGCAUCGCGGCGUCUCCCCACGAUGCCCACUUGCUCGCGACAUUCAGCCAAGACUCGAACAUCAUCCGUGUUUUGGACGUCCGACAACCCGGCCAGGCCUUGCUUGAACUGAAAGGUCACGGUGCCGCCGUCAACUGUAUCGAUUGGAGCAACUCACAGCGCGGCGUUCUGGCUUCUGGGGCAGAUGACUGUUGUGUGUUGCUCUGGGACCUCAUGGGCUCGAGUGCGUCAACCGGACAGAACAGUGUAGCAGGUGGCGUGUCGAAUAGCAGUGGCGGAGGGCCGGGACAAGGACAAGAAAGAGGCCCAUCUGCGGUCUGGGAAUGCAAGUUUGAAGUGAGCAACUUGAGUUGGGCUCCCGCGGCGGGAACGCUCGGUGUUUGUGGCGGUAGAGGAUUUUGGGGCGUGCAGUUAUGAUGAAUGAAUUCCCUUGUCUUCAUGAGGCUAUAUUUGAAUCCAGGGGGCUUGGUAGCAUACACGUGGGCGGAUAUGCGUCUCAUUAUGGAACGAGCCGAGGAUAUCAUGAGUUGAGAUGUGGGGGAGACGAGACGUGAUGGUGCUGCAGCUACGGGUAUGUGGAGAGCCCAUUCUGCCUGUUGUGAGUGACAUUACUGAUGAGAAAGUCAUGUGUGGGAUAGGACAAUGUGUUGGAGCCGAAUUGAAAACGCGUUUGAAAGAGUCCAAGACAAUAACUGCUUGAUAACGACAGCACGCGCGUGGUACCAUCCCAGACUGAUUGGCGUGUCUCAUUUGAGACUGCUUUUUUGGCUCUAUAGAUGAGAGAUGUCUAGAUGUCUAGGUGUCUAGGUGUAUACGGACGGUAUACCUCGUAUGUACCGAGUGCUAUGCAGAUAUCCAAACGUCCCCAAUCUGGAGCGCAUCCAUCUAUCCAUCUAUCUAUCCAGCCUGCCUGCCAGCCUGCCAGCCAUAAAUCCAUGCAUCCAGCCAUGCAAUGAAGAGAGGCGAACAAACAAAU